ACUAGAGGAGACAGGAGGGAGUCAGAUGGCUGCGCCUGCGUUACUUUUCCUUGUUGAUUGUUUUACAAGGUUGGCGGUGGGUACAGAAGAGGGUGUUGUUGUUGCUUAUGAUUUAAGGACAGCAACAAAGAUGCGAGUGUUUGAAGGUCAUCAAGGAGGCGUAUCUGCCUUAGGGUUUAGCGAUGAUGGCAAUUGGAUAGCGUCGUACUCUGUUGCUGAGUCUGCUGUUAGACUCUGGCAUAUAAUGUCUACUGUGUCUCUUUAUCAUCAAGAGAAAUCCCUUUGGGUAUUAACAAGAGAAAAUGGUGUCUCUUAUGAAAUCACAACCGCCAGCAGCAGCAACCGCAGCACCAGCAGCAGCAGCAGCAGCAGCAGAGUUGUCAUUAUUUGCUGCUGCUGUAGCAGCAGCAGCAGCAGCUAG